AAAAUACAUAAAAAUAAUCUAUAAUCUAUCAAAUAAAAAUUUUAAAAUAAAAAUCCAUAAAAAAAAUCCUAAAUGAAUUAUUUAAGAGAGAUAGUUUCAGGUCCUAAAAAUAGGUAUAAAGAAGACGGUUAUAAUUUAGACUUAACAUAUAUUUGUCCAAGAUUAAUAGCAAUGUCAUUUCCUGCUUCAGGAAUAGAAACUUUAUAUAGAAAUAGUAUUGAUAAAGUUUCAAAAAUGAUAAAAUAACAUCAUGAAAAUAGUUAUUAUAUAUUUAAUGUAUCAGGACGAAAAUAUGACUAUUAAAAGUUCGAAGGAAGGGUUAAAGAUUACGAAUGGGAAGAUCAUCAUUCCCCUCCUAUUAACACUUUAUUUAUUAUUUGUAAUGAAAUACAUUAUUUUUUGAUGUAAAAUGAUUAAAAUGUUGUAAUUAUUCAUUGUCUUGCCGGUAAAGGAAGAACUGGUACUAUCAUUUGUUGUUAUUUAUUAUUUAGUGGAAGAAUGUAAAAUCCAUAAGAAGCUUUAGCUUAUUAUGCUAAAAAAAGAUUUUAUAAAGAAGGUUUAGGUGUUAAUUAACCUUGCCAAAUAAGAUAUGUAUAUUAUUUCCAUUAAGUAUUUAGUGAACAAGAUGUUUAUCCUAAAAUAAAAUAUAUUAAAAGCAUAGAAUUAUUUGGAAAGCCUAAAUACAAUGAUGAUGGAUGUAAACCUUUCUUUGAAUUCUUUUAUGUCUAAAAUAAAUAAUUAAUUUUUACUACUAAAAAAAGUUAUUCUGAUUAAGAAAAAUUUACAGAAAAUAGUAGUUAAUUGAAAAUAGAAUUUAAAGAAUAAUUUUUUUUUUGCGGAGAUGUUUUGCUAAAAAUGCAUAAUAAUGGUUUUUUUAUUUUUAUUAUUAUUUUAUCUUUUUAUUUUAAGGUCCUUUUAAAAAUAAGAAAAUGAUCAGGGCUUCAUUUAGUACUGCUUUU